CCCCAGAGAGGCCGGCGCGGUCCUGUGACGUCACGCGCGCGCGCGCCCCGGCGAAGCGAAGGGGUCGUCGGCGCCCGAGGGUCUGGGGCGUUCGCCAUGGGCCCGCGCGUGCCGCUUCCCCCGGAGAUCCAGCUGGCCCAGCGCCUGGCCGGGAACGAGCAGGUGACCCGGGACCGGGCGGUGAAGAGGCUCCGGAAAUACAUCGUCGCCAGGACUCAGCGGGCCGCAGGUGGUUUCACUCAUGACGAGCUGCUGAAGGUUUGGAAAGGACUGUUUUACUGCAUGUGGAUGCAGGACAAGGCCCUCCUCCAGGAGGAACUAGGGAGGACCAUUUCCCAGCUCAUCCAUGCUUUUCAGACCACAGAGGCACAGCACCUGUUCCUUCAAACAUUCUGGCAAACCAUGAACCGCGAGUGGACGGGCAUUGACAGACUGCGCCUGGAUAAGUUCUACAUGCUCAUGCGGAUGGUCCUGAACGAGUCCUUGAAGGCCCUGAAGAUGCAGGGGUGGGAAGAAAGGCAGGCGGAACGGCUGCUGGAGCUGCUGACGACAGAGAUCCUGCACCCUGACAGCCAGGCCCCCAGCGGGGUCAAGAGCCACUUCCUUGAGAUCUUCCUGGAGGAGCUGAGCAAAGUGGGCGCCGCGGAGCUGACGGCGGACCAGAACCUCAAGUUCAUCGAGCCCUUCUGCACGAUCGCCGCUCAGACUAAGGACUCCCUGGUCUUGCAUAACAUCACUCGGGGCGUCUUUGAAACGAUCGUGGAGCAGGCCCCGUUUGCCAUCGAAGACCUUAUGAGUGAGUUGGAGGCACCAGAGGAGGAGGAGGGGACGUCGGAGGACGAGCGGGAGGAGGACGUGCCGUCCAAGGAGCCACGGAGAGGCUCUCUCCACGGGGCCGCACCUGACACGAGCGAGGAGCCAGCAGGAGAUGGCGAGGACAGCGUGGGCCCCGUCCUCCAGUUUGACUAUGAGGCUGUGGCCAGCAGACUGUUCGCGGCGGCCAGUCAACAGGACACCCCUUCCCAGAACAGGAAGCGCCUCUACAAAGUGAUCCGGAAGUUGCAGGACCUCGCUGAAGGGCUCUUCCCUGAGGAUGACGUUCCGGAAAAAGCCUGCAGGAACCUGCAGGAAGACAGGCGGGAGAGGAAGACGAAGAAGCGUUUGCCCAAAUCUGCGUUACAGAACAAGGCAGGGAAAGGCGGCGAGGAGGACUCGUGUGCAGACCUGAGCUCCGGAGCUGAGAGGAUGGCGAGGCGGCAGGGCUCGGGGGCUGAGCGCGCCGGGCCCCAGGAGCAGCCCGGGGGCCCUGCUGGGAGAGGGGCUCGGAAGAGGCGGCGGCGGCGGCGGCCUCGGGCGGGGGCCAGAGCGAAGGUGACCGAUUGCCAGGACCUGCGGAUGAGGAGGCGGCAGCCGCCACGGAGCGGGAAGUGACCCCGGCAGGCCCCGCACGUGCGGGGGGGCCCUUCGCUGCGGCCCCUCCGUCUCGUGCUGAGGUGAGCGGGGGAUCAGGGCCGCAGGGCCCCGCUCCUAAGACCGUGUCCCGAUGGCAGCGGCUCCUGACCUGCUGUGUCGGCAGAGGGUCGGGCCCCUUGCUCAGCGGCCGUGCCCCAGGCCCGGAAGUGCUGGCGCCGUGCUGACCUUGAUCGGGAACCCCCGAGAUGUGACCGUGCCCUGCAGACCCUCUCCCUGGGCCAGCGACCCGCCACACCCCGGGGCGUCCAUGAAUAAAAUGCGGUGCGGGUCUUUCC